ACCUGUGCCCCCUGCAAUGAAAGUGAGGAAUCCCAACCACUGGACCACCAGCCUGAAAGAAAACCAUCAGCCACCCAAACACUAGCAGAAUGAGCGACAAUGCUGCGUUGGCUCCUCCGGCUUCCAACCAGGGUCCCACCACCCCACGCAAAGGGCCCCCUAAGUUCAAGCAGAGGCAGUCUCGUCAGUUCAAGAGCAAGCCUCCUAAGAAAGGUGUGAAAGGGUUUGGAGAUGACAUUCCAGGCAUGGAGGGACUAGGAACAGAUAUCACUGUGAUCUGUCCUUGGGAGGCAUUCAGCCACUUGGAGCUGCACGAGCUCGCUCAGUUUGGGAUCAUCUGAACCACUGGAGGUUCUGCCACUCUCAUUAGCUUCUGCUGUAACUCUGAUUACUUCUGCCCUAUUGAUCUGCCAGAAUUCUGACAUGCAGAUGUGGGAAAUGGUUUCACACACCCUCACUUCCCUUAAGUGACUACUAAGAGGUGUCUGAGUGCCAGACUCUUUCAUGCAGCAUAGUUUAGCUCAGAAUAGUGGGUGAAAUCAACUUUUAAUGAGGCAUUCCCAACAUCACCCCUUUUUCCUAUCAGCUGGUUAGAAGUCAUCCAUAUUUCUCUAAAGUCCUUCAAAUCUGUUUUUGCUGGGCACUCAGUACUCUUGGUAGAAGGCUUUUAAGAUAUCGUUUAUGUCCCUCCUCUCCCCUUUUCUUUAAUAAAGGAGAUAUUUACCUCGAAUCUCAAGAUGAAGUUGUAUUAAAUGCUAUAAGCAAAUAUCUGUGGCCUUGUUCUGAGACCCAAUUAAACAAAGAAGGCACAGUUACACAGGAAGUAAGCACUGUGCAUGCAAAAAAGUGUGGGAUUAAUAGGCAAGUUCUGAUUUGACUUUGUCAUGACCUCUUGGGUUCUAAAUUUUAUUGCACCAGGUUAUCCCUGAGACCUGAUGCAGCUUUAAACUGUACAGUUCUGAGCUGGUGGCAAACUGGAGAUGUAAACUCAAGACCCUGACAAUGAGUAUUCUUUUCAUUGCCUUGGUUCCACUGAUUGAAAAGCUGUUUAUCCUUUAAAGUUUAGACGUAGAUGCAAAAGCUAGGUUACAGAAUCUGAAAAAUAAAAUGAU